AUGGCCAACAUGGCCAACCGACGGGGUAUGCCGUCGCUCUCUGCCGCGCCCUCAUCCAGAGUCGGCCCCGGCACGCUGCUGCCAGAGCUGCCACCCAUCUCCGCCCUGUUCCUCAUCGACUUCGACGUCAAGGCCGGAUACACGAUAAUAUGGAAAGAGGCCGUCCCGGGCCUGGAGCUGGAGGGCGUCGUCGAGUACAAGAGCCUCCCCUCAGGCCUGCACACUGUGCCCGACGACCUGAUAUACUUUGUCCACGAAGAUGGCUACGCAGGGCUCAGCGCAUUCAUCAAUGCCCCCACCGAUGAGGAGGAGUCCCGCCACGCGCGCAUGAUCGCCGUCGGGGUGCUGGUGCCCCUGAGCUAUGGCCGGCUCGGCAGGGCGUGGAGGCACGCCCAGGGGCUCAAGGACAUGGCCGUCAAGCUCGCCGCCGACCGCAAGCAGACGCAGAUGCUGGUCGAGUACUGGGAGAAGUGCGGGACGAAGGACACCAGCGGGCAGGCACCGGCUCCCAUCACAGACUCGCCCCUGAACUCGCCCGCCCUCAGCUUUGUGAAGCGCCAAAGCCCCAAAGCUGAUGGCCACGCUAGGAACAGGUCGGCAUCGGAGGGGGCUGCGCUGCUACCUCCAGGGCACAGGCUCUCGCCGUUCCACCCGGCCUGGAGCCUGAACAGGUUGCUGGAUACCUUCGGGCCCCUGAUCUUCCCCAUCCAACGCGCGGCAUUGCUGCGCAAGCGCAUCCUGAUAUCGACUCACGCCCCAGUACAUGAGGCCUGUAAUUUUGUAUAUGACAUUUCCAUCCUUGCAAACAUACCCCAUUCUGUAUCUGAUAUUCUCGACCCAUCCGCCCCAACGCAGAGGUUGCGCCCCUUGUUCACCAUUGGCGUGCACGAUAUACCCUUCCUCCUGGCAGACGGCGCAAUGAAGCGGCCCGGCCCAGCCCCUGAGCAGCAGCCCGGUAUUCUAGGAGCCGACUCCGGCUCCGGCUGGAUCGCAUGCACGACCGACAGUAUCCUGGCGAUGAAGGAGGACCUCUGGGAUGUGCUGAUCACAAUGCCCCCAUCGCAUGCAGUGAAUGCCCAGGAGAAAGUCUGGCCGACGGUCGAGUCGCGCAAAGGCGCUGCGUCAAAGGCCACCCAGCGUGACCUGAGACGCUUCCGGACUCUAAAGGUUGGGCUCAGACGCCUAGCUGCGACCUCAACCGCCAUUGAGGAAGAUGACCAGGGUCCAUCCAACAACACCGAACCACGGCGGCCGUCUACUCUGUCUAACCGGCGGUCCCGCAUGUCUAUGUCUAGUAUCAAGACGACGAACUUCCUCCCCGACGGCGAAGACGCCCACGUACUUGCCGACGCAUCUGACAAGAUUGUCGAGCCGAUGACGUGGGCUGCUCUUGCCUACAGUGGCUUCAUGUGGUGGGCCAGCGCCGGCGAGCAGCGCCGCUCCGACGAGGCCGAGGAGCAGGCCUACGACAACUCCCUCAUUUCCGACCUCCUGCCGGCGCCGUCGAUGCACCCACCGCGGGAAUCACCAGGCCAGCGGAGGCCGAGCGGCAGCUUCAACGUCACCGCGGUCCAAGAAGGCGGGGGCCUGGGCGAUUCGGUCACGUCACUGACCGCGCGGAGGGCGACAGGUACAGAUGGGCUAUCGUCCUUUGGGACCGCCGAUUCCGCCGACGAUGAGGAAGAGAGGGCCAGGACGGAGCUGGCCAUCAUCACCUACUUCCACCGGUUGACGAGCGGGAUCCUCUCGACGCUGGCGGAGGUGGUCGAGGCCACGGAGGACUUCGACGACACGGACGAAUCACGGCCGCAAACCGGCGAGGGCGGGCAAGGAGGCGGCGAGAGACAGUCAGACCCGCUGCUGCGCGGGGAUGUCAGGGGCGACAGCGAGGAGGUCUCCAGGCCACAGGUCCGGGUGGACAGCGACGCGCUGGCCGCCAUGGGCCUGGACGUCUGGAGCAGCGCGGAUGCCGAGUUUGUCAGCCAGGUGGUCGAUAGGUAUUUCGGCCGGGAGGCCAGGGUGGAGGGCAAGGGCGUUGAGCUGUGCGGUCUGAGGGUCUGCUGA